AUGUCUCGCACGGAGUACUGGGACACCUUCUGGACUUCAUACCUCACCAACCAUCCAACCGAGAAUAUGAACCCAGGCGAACAAUACAGCGCCGCAUGCCACGAGUUUAGAAAAGGCCUAACAGACCAAGUCAUGCUCCUCCACAUCGCCAGAAUAGACCGCCACCAAGCCCCCCUCUACCUGACUAACAUGCAGCGCCUACUGGGAGUAAUUAUCGAUGUCGCCAAGAGAAUGAACAGAGAAGAUCCAGACCAUCCAGCUGUGAUCAAUAGAGGCGUUGAUCACUGGGAUUCUGAGUUUGGGCGUCUUUGCGACGAGAGGAUCAUGGAUCCUUUGAUAAGGGUCUUUGAUGAGCUUGACGGUGAGCACGGUGGCAGUAUUGAUGUGCGUGGCCAUGGCAGUGAUGAUGUGCCCUCGGGGGAAACGGACUUUCACGUUGCUGGUUUCUUGCAGGGGAUUCAGAGUGUUGCGAACAUUUUGCUUUCGGAUGAUGAGUUGCCAGAAGAUUUUGGAUAUGUUGAUUAUGGAUUUCCUCCUGAUCAUAUGCGGCUUUCUGAUGAGCUUCCGUCUAGUUUGGUGUAG